AUGUGGCGAUCGCUGAACAGGUCAAAGGGCGGCUUCUGCGUGUCUUCCGGAGGUGAGAGCGAGGAAGACAGGUAGGCGGCGGGGGCGGCGCAUGCGCCUCCUUUUCUCACCCAUCAUCUCUCGCCACGUCUUCGCCGCCCCCCGGCGGCGGUCACCGCCUUCACUUAUAUAAGUUCCCCCAAUCAGGAUGUGAGUCGACACUGGAAGGAGGAGGAGCAUCAGCUUGCUUAUUCUCUAAUCUUUCUCUUCUCCUUCUCUCUCUGCCCAUCUCUCCUUGCCCAUCUUCUCUCUCUUCCCGCCGCUCGGAUGGCUCAAUCUCUUUCCCACGCGGCCCGCCUCGCCGUCGCGAUCUCCGAAGGUGCCGGGCUUCUCGUCAGCAGGUAUACAUUUCCGGCCAUCUUUCCUGCACUUCGGCUAACUGGGUAGAGAGAGGAUCUCCUUUUCCUCGAGUGCUCAUCGUCGUCUGUGUUGCACUCUCACAGGCGAGGUUACUCGGCGGCAGCGGCGGUGGCUAGGAAGGUGGAGGAGAAGGCGCUGGCGUCACCAAAGGGCAAGAGCAUGAGCAGCGCGGCGGCGGCGGACUCGCCGGCGACGGCAACGGUGCCGGCGCUGUCGUCCUCGUGGGUGCCCGACCCAGCUACGGGAUACUACCGGCCAGCGAAUGGCGCCCCCGAGGUCGACGCGGCCGAUCUGCGGCGGAGGCUGUUGUCCAGACGCCGGGCAUGA